AUGGCGGAAACGAAGCCGCCCUGGCCAAUGACAGAAGCCGUGUGGCGGAAGUACCCAAACGGCCUCGGGGGUGAGGAUCGUAGCGAAGCCCAAAGAAGCGCGGCCCGAUCUCAGGGAGGGGUCGGAGGCACAGUCCUGUGCACAGCACCUGACAAGUACACGGUGUUUGACGCAGAAGGAUAUGUGAAGCCUCAUUCCUGCAUUGACAUUGUGAUUCGCCACGUGGCCCCCACUGCCAGCCAUUAUGAUGUCCAGGACCGCUUCCGCAUUGAGCUGUUUGAGGAGGGAGCUGAGGGCCGAGUGUUGGGGCGCAAGGACAUCACCUCGGUUUUGAGGGCCCCAGCCUACCCCCUUGAACUUCAGGGACAGCCUGACUCAACGCCACACCCAGGGCCUCCUUCCUGGACAGCACCACCCACGACCAGACACCUCCCUGAAAAAUCCCACCCACAACUGGCCACCAGCUCCUUCCUCCUGUUCUUGCUGACCGGCAUAGUCUCAGUGGCCUUCCUGCUGCUCCCACUCCAGGAUGAACUUGGUAGCCAGCUGCCCCGAAUCCUGCAUGUCUCCUUGGGACAAAAGUUGGUGGCAGCCUACAUCUUGGGCCUCCUUACCAUGGUCUUUAUCCGGACCUGAGCCCCCUGCUCAACCUCCACCCCCCUCCCUGGGCAAGGAUGUGGACAUGAGAUGGCCAAUGUGAUGCUCAUACCUGGCCUCGACUCCUACCCCCCUCCCCAGCCCCCAUUGCCACUCUCUCCACCCCUGACAAAAAAUACCCAGGGAUUUGUAUUCAUUUUCCAAGUUGAAUUUUAAAAAUUUGCAAAAUUAAACUGAGAAAUGUAGGGAACAUG